AUGUCUUUCCUUUUCGGCGGCCAGCCCAAGAUGUCCUCGGAGCAGAAGCUCGCUGCUGCCGAGACCGAAGUUGAAAUGAUCUCAGACAUGUUCAACCGCCUGAACGAGUCCUGCGCCAAGAAGUGCAUCCCGGCCGACUACCGCGAAGGCGACCUCAACAAGGGCGAGUCCGUCUGUCUCGACCGCUGCGUCUCCAAAUUCUUCGACGUCAACAUCAAAGUUAGCGAGAAGAUGCAGGGUGAUGCCGCCCAGAAGCAGGGUGGCAGCAUGGGCCUCAUGUAA